UGCCACAAAUUCGACAGUUUAGUCUCAGCUCCGGCUCUUAUUUCCACGUUGCUUGGCCUGAGUGGCGAAGUGAACGACCAGUCAUGGCAGAGCAGAGAUACUGUGUGGAAUAUGCCAAACGUGGCACGGCUGGCUGCAAGAAAUGCAAAGACAAGAUCAUGAAGGGGCUGGUCCGGAUUGGCAGGAUAGUGCCAAACCCUUUUAGUGAGUCUGCAGGGGAAAUGAAGGAGUGGUACCACGUGAAGUGCAUCUUUGAGAAGCUUGAGAGAGCACGCGCCACCACAAAGAAGAUCGACGACAUUACAGAGCUGGAGGGAUGGGAGGAACUUCAGGAUGAGGAUAAAGAACUAAUCAAUAAACAUGUUUCAGAACUGGCAGCCAAAGCCAAUGCAUCUCCAAAGAAGAAAGUGCAAGCAAAGUUAAACAACAGUGGGCAGCUGUCGGCACCGCUAGCUGAUCCAACAGUCAAUGCUCCUCGCAAGUUUUCUGGCUUCACAGCUACCAAGGCAGGUUCCUCUUCCUCCAGUCCUGGACCAUCUCCAGCCAAACCCACUCAGGGUAGCGCUUUAUCAGCUCAGCUAUGUGACCCCAACCAUAAAGACUGUUUACUGCGGGAGUUCCGCAAACUUUGUGCCUUAGUCGCAGAGAAGUCCAGCUAUAACGCCAAGACCGAGAUCAUCAGAGACUUCUUAACAAAAGGCUCUGGUGGAGACAAAUUCUGCGGAGAUUUGUACAUGACAGUGAAGCUUCUCCUCCCAGGAGUGGUUAAGAAUGUCUACAACCUCAAUGACAAACAGAUUGUCAAGCUUGUCAGCCGCAUAUUGAAUUGCAGUCAGGAUGAGAUGGUGCAAGACUUGGAACAGGGAGAUGUUUCAGAGACGGUGCGGAUAUUUUUCGAGCAGAGCAAGUCUUUCCCUCUAGCAGCCAAGAGUCUUCUGACUAUCCAAGAGGUGGAUGCUUCACUGAGCCGUCUAUCCCAACUCACAAAGGAGGAUGAUCAGCAGGCAGAGCUGCAGGACAUUGCUAAAAAAUGCACCGGAAAUGAUCUGAAGUGUUACAUUCGUUUGGUCAAGCAUGAUCUGAAAAUCAACUCUGGGGCUAAACAUGUUUUGGAUGCUGUGGACCCCAACGCCUAUGAUGCCUUCAAAGCUUCCCGUAACCUUGGUGACGUAAUUGACCGGGUGCUACGGAACCAGCAGGACGCUUCUAAUGGAACAGGGCCCAGAAAGAUCCUCAGCGUGGAGGCGUCUCUGAUGACCCCCGUACAGCCAAUGCUGGCAGAAGCAUGUAAGUCUAUUGAGUAUGCCAUGAAGAAGUGUCCUAAUGGGAUGUAUUCUGAGAUCAAGUAUGAUGGUGAGCGUGUGCAGGUCCAUAAGAAUGGCAAUCACUUCGGUUACUUCAGUCGAAGUCUCAAACCAGUACUCCCACACAAGGUCGCCCAUUUUAAAGAUUUCAUACCGCAGGCAUUUCCUGGUGGCCAUAGCAUGAUCCUUGAUGCUGAAGUUCUUCUUAUUGAUACAAAGACUAGCAAACCGCUGCCUUUUGGGACUCUUGGAGUACACAAGAAAGCAGCUUUCCAGGACGCUCAAGUGGGUCUGUUCGUGUUCGACUGCAUUUAUUUUAAUGGUGUCAGUCUCAUGGACAAGCCUCUCUGUGAGAGAAGAAAGUUUCUCCUUGACAAUAUGGUGGAAGUUCCUAACAGGAUUCUUUUCUCAGAAAUGAAGCACGUCACGAGAGCUGCUGACCUGGCAGAAAUGAUCACACGUGUCAUCAGAGAAGGACUGGAGGGGUUGGUUCUGAAGGAUAUCAAGGGACAUUAUGAACCAGGCAAACGACACUGGUUGAAGGUUAAGAAGGACUAUCUGAAUGAAGGAGCAAUGGCGGACACUGCUGACCUUGUGGUGCUUGGAGCUUUCUAUGGCAAAGGCUCAAAUGGUGGAAUUAUGUCCAGUUUCCUCAUGGGAUGCUAUGACCCAGAAUCCAAGAAGUGGUGCACUGUGACCAAGUGUUCAGGAGGCUAUGACGACGCCACGUUAGCCAGACUGCAGAAGGAGUUGGACAUUAUCAAAAUUGGCAAGGAUCCAAGCAAGAUCCCAGGAUGGUUGAAGAUCGUCAAGAACUAUUACCCAGAUUUCAUUAUCCGAGAUCCAGAAAAAGCACCAGUUUGGGAAAUACAGGAGCAGAGUUUUCCAAAUCAGAAAUGCACACUGCAGAUGGCAUAUCCAUCCGCUUUCCACGAUGCACUCGAAUGCGAGACGACAAGGAUUGGAAGACUGCCACUAACCUUCAGCAGCUCAAGGAGCUGUAUCGCAUUUCAAAGGAGAACUGUGAUUUUGAGGUGACCGCUGGUCCGUCCAAAACUAGCCAAAAUGACAAGAGCUCCUCAGGAGGCGAGAGUGGAGGAAGCUCUCCCUCUACA